AGCCCCGAAAGCAGCCUGCUUCCUAUUAGACUGACUGACAAUUCAGUCUGGGAAGAGUUUCAGGGCAAAACGAGGCGCUGGGGGGAGGAGAAAAGAGAAAACAAGAACACAGGAAUGUGCCUUUGGAGGAGGGAGUCUGGACAGGGUUCAAACUGGGCAGCACAGAGCAGACGACGAAAAGUGGGAAACGCUCAGAACAAAAGCACAAAGAGAGAGAGACAGAGAGAAAACAAAAAGAGGAACAGGAAUGAGAGAGAAGGAGAGUAGGGGAUCAAAGUGCUAAGGAGGGUCAUAAAGUCGGAGCAUUCGCAGAACUUUCCAAAGUUACUUCUGACAACUGCAGAGGAGAGCGAAGGUGUUUUUGGAGAAGUGUACGGCACUCCAGCCUAAUCGAGAGGGACCUGUAUGUCAGCAUUUACCUGCCAAUGAUGGAGAAGAUGGGAUGGUGCUUUGUGGUUCAACUGCUCCUGCUGCAAGUGCCCUUGGCUGUGAUGUACACCCAGGAUCAGGGAAGUGGAGACAGCACCGUGGUGGCCGUUAACAACAUCAGCGCUCCAGCUGGCUCCCAGACAGUACUCCAGUGCCAGAGUCAACGCAUGGUAUGGACGCAGGAUCGUCUUCAUGACCGCCAACGUGUGGUGCACUGGGAUUUAUACUCCACGGGACGUGAAUACAAGGUGGAAAGACUCUUGGACAUGUUUUCAGCAGGAGACCAGCGCAUUUACAACUCAUACAACCAGGGUCGAAUGUCUAUGAUCUCCACUGCCUUUGCUGAUGGCAACUUCUCUCUCAUCAUCAAGGAUGUUGCAUCGAGUGAUAAGGGGAUCUACUCUUGCAACCUGCACCACCAUUACUGCCACCUGUACGAGUCGACCAAAGUGCAGCUGAACAUCACCAAGUCAGCCCGCAAAGAACGACGUUAUUGGGAUGGAGAUAAAGUGGUGGUCAUGGCUCUGGUUGGGUCAACUGUUCUGUUGCCAUGUGUGAACCGGAGGCAGGUGUGGACCGAGAGGAACAGUGAAGAGGAGCAGCAAGUAGUGCACUGGGAUCGACAACCACCAGGAGUCUGGCAUGACAGAGCUGACCGGCUCAUUGAUUUGUAUGCCUCGGGGGAGCGGCGUUCCUAUGGACCACUGUUUCUGCGACAGAAGAUGAACAUUUCAGAGCAGGCCUUCUCUUAUGGUGACUUCUCUCUCACUAUCUCAAACCUACAGCCAUCAGAUGAGGGCAUCUACUCCUGUCACCUUCACCAUCAUUACUGCGGCCUGCAUGAAAGGAGAGUCUUCCUAUUGGGCAUUAGCCCUCCUAUCAUCAAAAACCAGACAAGUGUCACCCAGACGGCAGCUGCAACUCAGCAAGACAUCGCCGUGGAGGAGGGGCCCCGAGUCAUUAACGUUAUCCUGCCUGAGAGGCCAACACAUUUCCUGCAGCAGCUUGGCUACAUCUUGGCAACAUUGCUCCUGCUAGCUCUCACUGUUACAGCCAUUUUGCUGUUGCCUCGCCGGUGCCGGAAGAGAGGACGGGACUAUGAUGUGCAAAAGAUGGAGGGUCAACAGAUGAAUACCAACCACUUUGCGGUGGACACAGCAGAGUUAAAAGUUUGCAAUGAAGAGGUUAAGCUGGAUUAUAAAAACAACAUCAUGAAAGAGAGAGCAGAGCUGGCAAAACUCCCACCUCCAAAAUUCAUUGAUGUGGAUGAUGAGCCGAACAAGUCCUACUGGAAGUGAAGCUCAGAGUGCUGCUGGCUGGACCAGGGGCAGGGACUCACCCCCUGAGGGGAUGUGCAGCCAGGAUGGCCAGACAUCUUUCCUUAUGAAGCUUUCUUAUAAAAAUGAACACUAUAAAAAAAGGCAGAUUUAUGUCAUGUUAGUGUAGGAAUGGGUGCUACAGGGUCUUUAUGAACCACAGGCACAUGGUUGCACCCUUUGAAGUUGGCUCUGCUGCCCAUACUGCAUAGCUUUUCUCUUUCUUUUGUCUUGUAUUGUUUAUUGUCUUUUUGUACCAAUAUUAACUCUGUCACGGCUCCUUUUCCUGGCAUUUCUGAAAACCAAAGCCAUUCCUUACCUCAGAAGGCAGCCUGGUGAUCAGCUGGUCUGGUCCACUGACGGCCAAGAGGUCUGCAGUGCUACUUUCUCAUCAGUGUAAUUAUAUGCAGACUACCCAUUCAAUGUAGCUUUUUAUUUUCUAGUAUAUCUAGACACAGCGGGCACCAGUGGUGUAAAAAGGGAUAACAGACCUGUGCUGAGCAGACAGGGUAGAGCAACACAUUGGAACAAGAGGGUGCUGGGAAAAGUCCACAGAGUCAGAGAUUAUUGGAUGUAGGGCUGCCAUAGCUAAAGAAAACAGGAGCUGAUGAGUGUGACUGGCAAAGAAUUGAUGUUUGGGUAAAGGGUGUUGGGCCGAGAGCAUCAAGAAGAUGGCAAAUUGAUGGGUAAGACCUCCGUGCAACCGGAGUGUACGGACAUAUAUGGCCUGUCUCAAAUGGGUAGGCUGAUUAAUUAAUGUGUGUAGUAUAUCUACAACAGAAAGAUGGAAUACUUUGUGGGUCUGUCUGGAACAGAGGGCGCUGGGAUGCUUCCGCCUCUACUGUUAAACAUUUUAAUAAAAUGCUCAUACUCCAGUGGUGUGUGUUUGUUCGUAAUAGUAUGAGCUGUCAGUGCGGCUCAGGGAAUUCGUAUCCCUUUGGGAUUGAUAGCAGCACUGUUAGGAAGAGUGAUUGCACAAAACAGUGGAGAAAAUGAUGACAGUUGGCACGAAUGGAGAACAAAGUAAAAAAGAAAUGGCUGUAAAAGGAAUACAGCAUAGGUAAGCAGGGUGGGUUGGACAAAUGCAGGGUGUACUGAGAAGAGAAAAAUCAUAUAGAAACUGUGAGAAGGAGAGGUAAAGUAGAAUGAUGCAAAGGAUAGAAAAUCAAAGACCAUGAAAGACGAAGCAUACUGAGAGAACAAGUUUAAAACAUGAUCGGGUAGUUUGGAGAGAGCAGAAAGAUAUUCAAGCUGAGAGAAAAAACAUUCUUCAAAUGGGGAAAUGGUGGAGGAAAAUGGAAUGAUGAGAGUGUGCUGAGAAGACAUAGCAGUUGCUGCUGCUGCCUCUUCUAUUGUGUGAAUGGCUGUAGUUGUGGUUCAUUUUAAGCUUCUGAUCCUUUUGCUCAUUCAUCCCAGCAGCAGUCGACUAGUGUACACUUACCCAUGCCAUAUACUGGUACACCACGGGCUUUUUCUAGCCCCAGUCGAGCUGUGGACUUGAGCUGCCUUUAGUUUAUAUUGGCAGGGCUCUGUACAUGCAGAUGGUUCUGCCUCACAUGUUUGAAGACUGUGUGAUAUAAUUAGGUUUUUUAGGGUUGACUCUUGUCUAGUACCUCUGCCAGCUCAAAGUGCCGCUCAGUGGAUUGAAAGAGUUUUCAAAAUGCAUGUUCUAUUUUUCUUUCAGUAUAGUCAGUGCUGUAGGUCUGGAUUUGCUUCUGAAUGUCAGGUUUUCUCAAUUCAGCUAACCGUCCACAUUUACCAUCCAAGCCUUCUAUAGUUUCAUUCACCAUAUGCUAAUAUGUACAACUGUAUAAACCACAGAAAAGAAAGGUCUGAUGUGUCCAUAGCCAAUAAGUCCCAAGGUCCACUCUGAACAUAUCUUAUUCCAUGGGCUGGGACAAUAGUGCCAUGUCAGGGUAACGACGACAGAAGUAGACUAAAGCUAGGGACAGUAACACUUCUUAGUGACUGCCAUGCUUCUAUCUUUGAGGAAAUAACUUGCAAUAUGACUAGUAUUUUUCAGCAAAACGCCAGGGUUGGGUGGGAUGUUGGAAUCACUUAACCAUUUGGACCCCAAGAAACAGUGAAAAAUCUAAAUUAUGUGUGAUCCCUAAAGGUAAUUUUUAAAAACAUGUGACAGUGCCAUAAACGACUCAGUUUUGCAGCAGAUGAGCAGACAGCUCUUCACAGGCUAGGCAGGAUUAGAUGUUUGCGUGACUGCAGCCAGUCUGGUGGGAAGGGGAGCCCGACCUUUGACAAGCCUCAAGAGUAUUCAGGAAAGAGGGAAGAACUCCAUACAGCCAUUAGUGCUUGCCUUUACUCUCAAAAUACCUUCCUUGCUCUUUAUGUUAUGAUCCAGGUUUGUUUGUAUUUUCUCCUGACUCUCAUCUAUGUUAUUUUUGGUCCUUUUUCUGGCCAAUUAUUGCUUUAUAAAUGAGUAACCUGAUUGUGGCAAUUAUUUUGUGUAGUAAAUAUACUUAAAGAAAUUAAAAUGUUUUAACAUUU